GCACCGCACGAUGGAUGCUCCCCCUCCAUCGAGAUCAGCAAUAACUCACCUCGAAAUUGCCGAGUGAAAAAUCAACUCCAGUGAACCAGCACGGCAGCGCCCGGGGCCGCAGCCAUGGACGGCAAGAGGCUAGGCUGGCUAGCGCUCCCGGCGCCGCCGCCGCCGGAGUCCCCGCCGGUCGCUGCGGCGUCGGCCCCGGCCUCGCCCUACUCCGUGCUCCACGAGCUCCUCCUCCCCUCCCCGAAUCCGCACCUCCUCCUCAAGCAAAAGACGCUGACUCACUCCCUCUCCUCCUCCUCCCUCACCUCCAUGGCCUCCUCCUCGCCGCCCGCGCCCACCGCCGACGUCUGGGAGCUCGUCACCCCCACGGCCCCGCAGGUCGCCCACGUGGACGGCGGGCUUGACGACUGCGCCAUCUUCCCGCCUCGGCUCCACGAGGGCCUGGGCUUGGGCCUGGAGGGGGAGUCCGAGGAGGCGGUGCCGGCGGCGCCGAAGGAGGUGGAAGUGGAGGAGGAAGAAGAGGAGGAGGAGGAGGAGGAGGAUGGAGAGUGGCUAUGGGAUGCGUGGGGGUGGAGGUGGGAGAGGUGCCGCCUGGCGGCGAGGCGCGCUUGGGCGGCUGGGGUCGGGGCCGUCCAGAACCGGGUGCUCGUGCACGGCGCCUGCGGGUGCCCGGCGGUGAAGCCCGCCGUGUUGUCAGCUGCGGCUGCGGCCGCUGUGGUGGGGGCGCUUCUGUACGCCCGGCGGCGGGAUAGAAGGGAGCGGGACCUGCUCGUGCUUCUCACGAAGGAGAAGGAUAAGAGGAUAGCUCAGCUGAUGCAUCAAAUUGCUUUAAUGAGCGACAUCAGAAGCAGCAGUGAAGCAGUUAAAAUUAUCAGGAACUCGUAAUCAUUUUCACUGUUGAAAAGGUUCAGUUGCUAUGUUGUAGAAAAUCGAUUAGGUAAUUAGAGGAUCAACCGGUUAGUGUGCAGGAUCAACAAUUGUGGGCAAACAAAGAUUAAAGUUCUGACAGGUCUGAUGUUUACUUAUAAUUAGAUGCUGAAGCCAUCAAGGCUGCAACCCAAUCUCAAGCAAUCGGUCGUUCAGCACUUCAUCUUUGUUUGUUCUUAAAAUAUGUAUAUAGCUGGGUGAUGAUUUGGUAAGUUGUAGAUAUGCGGACAUUGAUAUGGAUGAUCCUGGACAAGGUUGUGUAUUUUUAAUUUCCAUUCUUCCAUUAUUGUGAUCUUGAUCAUCCACUGAAUUGACGACGUGGACUCAGUUCUGUAUAUGUAAUGGAUCCUAAGUAUAGUUUUCGUAUUAUUAGACUGGUCUAGGAUUUCAGUGGUUGGGUCCACCGUUUGGUGUCAGAAGUCAGGGUUUCUGAAACAUUUUAGCUGAAGUUCAGGAAGCCAUAAAUCCAGGGCUGGGUUAAUAUAGAGUGCUUCAGAUUGUAUGUACAGAACUUCACACUGUUCCUACUGAUUCCACUGUACACGUUCAUAGAGUACUAGAGUUUCACCUGAGUUAAGCGAGUUGUUACGCAAAUUGUAACAUACUGUUUUUAUUGCUCUUCCUGAUGGAAAGUACCACUGACAACAGUGGUGAGCAGAAAUUUUGCUUCAA